GCGACAGUAACAUCUGGAGACAGUCGAGGAAGCAGGCUGGCCCGCAAACAAAGUGGAGCACAUUAAUUGACACAUCAAACCACGUGUGCGCUCAGACGCAACGCGAAAACGCAAGUGCACCUUCCUUAAAGUGAACCUUCAUGCCCCCCGGGAUGAAAUGUCGCAAACAAGUCAGGCCACGUCAUCAGAUCUGACUGAGGCACAGCACAUGACUAAUUUGACUCUGGUCGUUCUUUUGCUCAUACCGUGUGUGGUCGUUCUGCUUCUGCUCAACUGCUUUUUCCUGGGUUACAAGUUCCUGGUCCUGUCCAAGAGCAGGCAGCGGCGCGAGGACACGGAGGAGCUGCUGUUACACUCCACCCUGCAAAGAGUCCGAAGGAUGCCCGACGUGGCGUUCUCCCCGGUGCAGGGGGGCAGAGCCUACAUGUCCCUCUCGGAGCCGGUCCUGCCGCAUCCCGUCACCUCAUCCCGGGCUUCUUCCAGGGAACGGGCCGGUGCGGACCACAGGAUCCGCCUUCUGAGGCCCGAUGGCGCAACCGGCUCCGGCUCCCUGAGGGCGCCGAGCACCAUCCGGGCCGCUUCCCUCGCGGGUGGGUUCAGUCCCAGACUGGACCUUCCGUCCGGGUCGAGGGCGUACGGCGUGAGGGCAGCGGGCUGGUGCAGGAGUGCGCCAGUCUUAACGCAGUCCAGCGAUUCCGAGGCUGGAGCCAGGGUGCACCUCGUCCCCCCAAACUCUCCCAUGCAGGAGACGCAGCAUGUGGGUCACAUCCGUCGGAGCAGCAGUUUUGAGAUUCUGGCAGAACCAGACGUUGCAGUGCACAUGUUUGGUAAAGCAGAGAGCCCGCCUUCAGAGAUGUCCUGCCUGAACGCAUCUGCAGUGGGUCCUGGGCUGGACAGUGACUUCGGUGCAAGUGCAGGUGUCUCUCUGCGGAUCCUCUCUGCAGACAGUGACAGUCUGUCCAACGGUGCGCUCGCUUCAGCGCUGGAGUGGGAUUAUUACGACCCCUGCUACGUCAAACAGAAUAAAGUACCCAAACACAAACACCACAGACCUGCAGUGCACAUUAAACAGUACUGGGUGUGACCUGAUUCAGUUUUAAAUGUUAUCUAUGUGUUUUAUUUAUUAUGUUUAAAUAACUUAUUUGCAAUUUGAAUGUUUUUUUAGACACACUUUUUUCACACUAGUUACAUUUGCCAUUUCACGAGAAAUUCACUUAGUCACUGUAUUUGAUCAAGUUGUCAUUUACUUUGCACCUUCACUUAUGUUAUUGUGAAAUGUUUACUUUGCACCUUUCACCUGUUAACAGUUGCCACUAAUCUAUCAGUUAAGCCGAAUUACAUUCACAUGAAGAUGUAAAUUUACUACUAGUUUGAAAUUAUUUGAUUCACUGAAAAGAAUAAAGAUUUAUAUUGCAAUAUA